AUGCGUGGUCCGCCCGCACCGAAUAGUAAUAACAAUUCGGGCGUUAUGGACCCGUUGGUUGGCCCUGCUGGCCGCUUACCCCCGGGUGUGGGCGCGGGCCCGCGUCGCGUUGUCUUCAACAUGGAUCUGCAAUCUGAGCCGCAGCCGUUGCCCAACCGUCCCGCUACAUCUGAAACAUCCUCAAAGCCUGUCGAGGGCAAAGACGCACCUGACACAACCCGCAUCUCAGCAUACCCGCGCUUCCUUGCCGCCAAACCCCGUCUUGGCUACGGUCAGUUCCGUUUACAAUCACCCCCUUCUCCCUCUUACCGCCCCGUCUUGAGCAGCCAUGAUGCGGUGCCCUCUUAUUCAAUUAAUGGGGUUUUGCACAUGCUCAUGCUCAUACGUACAAUGUCUCCCGUUCGAGCAGGUCUUGCUGUGUUUGGACACGUGGUUGGUAUCUUGGUUAUUCUUGGCGUCAUACUUGACACGCACUCUGACAUCUUUCCAGAAAGCGGCCGACGCUCGCGCUGGAACUACCAGGUGCGCGGUGCGCCAGAGCACAUCUAUUCUGCCUACGAUACCUCAAAGUCCCUCGCCAACCAUGACUUUUCCUUUCUGGAGACAAAAGUGCCCGAGCAACCCCGAGGCAGUGUGCCCACCGGCGAGUUUGAGGUCAUUCUCAAGUCAGACACCAACUGCCUCAGUGCGGAAAAUCUGCGCCACCAGCAAGCCCUGGAGUACUAUCUCCUCAAUCACUCGGAAUAUCGCACAAGCUUUUGCCGCCGUUCCCAGUCUGAUGGCGCUUGUGACGCUGCACGUGGUGUCUUGCGCCUUUUCGAUGGUACCUAUGCUUAUCUGAACGUGACUCAAAAUGGUCGCAACGUUUACGAGGUUGACGAAAACUUUCUCAACAUUGAUGAAGUGCUUUCAAUUACCUAUGAAGCAAACGGAGCCUCCGAUCUGACUGCUCUCCAAAACGCUGGCCAGCCCUACCUCCGCGACAUCCUCGAUUAUGCCGUCGGGGCCGAGACACUGCUCCUCAAACCUCGCAAUCACGUGCUUCUAGACUACGUGGGGGGAGUUGCACAGUCCACCGUGUGCCGCUUUGCUGUCUUGCUAGGUGGUCCUUUGCCUGGCUAUCGCUCGGCAUCUGAUCGCCCUGAGGAGCAGCGAACACAGAUGGGCCAAUGGCUGCGUGCAAGCUUCGAUGACUAUCUCAAUGACAAGCAGAUGGGCGACAUGACCGUUCUGUAUGCCAAUGACGCCUUGACUGCCGAAGUGCUCAAAGCAGACUACGAUGACGUGCUCGAAUGGCAGUUUUUGCCCUUGGUGCUUGUCUUUGGCAUCUGCCUCGUUGGUACACGCUCCUUGUUCAUGGCUUUUAACGCCGUUGUAAGCACUGUGGGCGCCACCGCGUGGGCCAUCUUCCUCUACCGCUACGUCUGCGACUUUCACCUCUUUGGCGUGCCACAGCUCAUGGCGCUGCCCCUGGCCGCCCUCCUAACAACCACCUCCACACUCAUCGCCGCCGCUGCCGUUCGCCGGCUACUGUCGCGCGAUCUUGAGCUUGAACUCUGCUUGCGCGCCAUCGCCAAUGCUGUCGUCCAGCACUGUCUCGUUAUUGGAGCUGCCACCAUGCUCAGCUUCUUUUUCCUCACCACCUCUCCCCUCCUUGAAGUUCAAGCGUUUUGCCUGUUGUGUGGCUGGUUGGCCUUUACCACCACCAUUUCCGCCGUUCUCUUUCUGCCACUAGCUUGCUGCACUUGGGUCGUACUCUUCCAUGCCCGGAAGCCUCCGGCGGGCGAGGCCCAACUGAUGCCAUGUCUGUCCAAGGCCUACUUUCGCCGCUGCGUGGGCCAUGCUGGCUUGCGCUGGUUCUUCCUGGCCGCGCUGACCGUCCUCGUCGUUGUGUUUCUCAUUGUGGCCAUUGGUACCAUCGAGUUUGAUCGCAAACAGCCAAAACUGCUGCGCCAAACCACACCCCUGCAAGAGUUUCGGGAGCAAGCUCAGAACUUUGUGACCACCAACACCACCGCCGAAACCAUGCUGGUGUUUGGUGUGCGUUUGCACGACCGCAAAUGUCAUGCCACUGACACAACUUGUGAAGAAAGUCUGGAUUUUGAAACAAGUUGGGACCUGAACUUUGACACCCUUCAAGCUGCUGUACAGGCUGUCUGUGUGUCCUUGGCAAAUGUGGAUGAGACCACUGAACGUGCGUUGCGCCUCGGGCGCUCCGAUCAGAUCGACACAGCAACCAAUAGUGGCGCCUUGCUGAUCGAUUGCCCAACGACCGCACUGGCUGAGCUCUUGGCGGAGCAUGGCAUGUCGUUUCCCCUCGAGACCAGUGAUGCCAUCAAUCUGCAAACGCUUUACCCCAACGUGACUCCUGAGGAGAGUCUGCCCAACUCAUACUAUCGUUUCUUUGAGUAUGGUCUCUUGACGGCCCUGGUGCAGAAUGCCACCUUUGCAGAUGGUGCACAUUUUGCUCGCUUUUCCCACUUGGUUCACGGUGAAGCUGACUCGACAGCCCAAGUCGUCGAAGGUGUUCUCAAUUCGAGCGGGUUGUACGGCGACCGUGUACAGGCCCUGCGAGUACGGGUGGGCCUUGACAUCAACUACGAGGACGUGGACGUGGCCAACGGCAAGGCCGCCCUCCGUGCGUGGGACGAGUGGACAGCCAGCCUGCAGGCUCAACUUCCAACGGCUGCUACCACGCUCUUCCAUGCCGGUGGCGAUGAUCGCACAUGGCAAUGGUUGUACAUCAAAGACACGAUUGAAACUGAAAUGAUUCGCAACUUUAUCGUGGCUGGUGUGGUUUUCACGGUGGUUUUUGGCCUGCUGCUGGGCAACUGGGCGUUGGCCUUGAUUGGCUUGAUUGUCACGGCCAUGGUGGUCAUCCUGGUCAUCGGUACCUUUGGCUUUGCGGACUGGACCUUGGACCUGAAUUCGGUGGUGGGCUGCACAGUCAUGGUGCCUCUUUGCUUGGAUCUCCUUUCUCGUUUCCUCUUCGUCUACGACAAGUCUGCUGCCGAUUCACGUGUGGGUCGACUGGAAACUGCUCUCAGCGGCGCGGCAGAGCCACUUCUCUUUAGUGCGUAUCGCAACCCGUGCCUUGACAUAUCACCAUAUGUUUCAGCAGCAUCGUCCCGACACCAGCUCAUUCUUGCUUCAAUCCUUUGUGUUGGUGCUUUGCUCCCAAUGCGGGCAACAGGCUGCAUCGGCGGCAUGGUAUUCUUCACCUUUGUUUACAUGAUGGAAGACUACUUUGUCUAUACGUUUGGAACUAUGAUGAUUGCUCUUUGUGGAUUUACCGCCGUGUUUGGCCUCAUCUUCUUGCCCAGCUAUCUGGACGUGUUUGGGCCACAGUACGAAGAAGGCACCAUCAAGAAGCUUCGACGCUCACGCGAUUCUAUCAACAGUGCAGGUUCAAAUCUACUGACUGUGCAGACCGGUCCUUCAGGAUCCUCCAUGACAGAAUCAGUCGAGACGGUGGUUGAGUAG